GAUUAAUUGUUUGACAAUAAAGGCAGGCUUUGCUGCCAUGGAAAGUUCAAGAGCGUUUUGGUGGGUGAAAGUGAAAGGCAGUGGCAGUUCGAUUAUGAUUUAUGAGGAAGAGCUUGCAAAAACAAAGAACGCCUACAACAUCUUGGAGAUCGCAAAGACCAAGACCUGCCUUGAAGUUCCCAUUCACAUGUUGAAGCUCUUUGAGAGGGAGAAAGAUUCCCAUGAAGGCCAGGCAGUCCGCAACAGCCUAUCAGUUCAUCAUGUCAGAGGAGGGAACGAUGACCUUGACCCUCUCUAUGUUUCAUAUCCUGACGAAUGCCCAGAUGCAUUAUCAUCAGCACAGGUCAGCCUUUCUGACAUCAUCAAGAUGCAAGAGAAGAUUGAGCAGAAGAUUGAAGAAGAGAAUGCGAAAGCGCAAGAGAAGGUGACGCAGAAGAUUGAAGAAGAGAAUGCGAAAGCGCAAGAGAAGGUGAUGCAGACCUUGGUUCCUCUUUGUCAGCAGGCCUUUGAACUCGUCCCUGCAUCAUCAAGUUCGUGGGAUGCUGACUGGCAUGCAAGAGUUUGUGCGCAUUAUGGAAUAUGGGGGUGCAUUAUACUUAGUCAGACCCACCCAGAGACGCACACAUGGUUUUGCCAGCAAUGCCCUGAGGAAUAUUUUGGGUUCUGCGUGUCUGAGCACAUCUACCACAAGAAGCAAUCUCAAGGUGCUAGAGCUCUUGGUAUUGAUAUUGCAGACCCAAGCAAUGGCCUCCCUCUCCUGAAACAUUUUGAAGUUCUAUAUCAAGACGGAGAUAUGACCCUUUUUCCCUGUGCUGCAACAAAUCUGCAAGGACCAAACACCAUUACGGUCAAAAUUCUUAUAGCGCUUGAUCUCCACCGUACUCCUUUGCAGUGGGUGUAUUCGAAGGCUGACAUCAGAAAAAAAACCUGACCAAGAGUGG